AGAGGGCGACAUAGUGAAGUGGGCGGGGCUCUCCUUCAGCUCUGUGUUCAACAUUCAUUCAAUAGAAGUGGUGCUGUGAAGAGAACAAUUGUCAGAGUGAAUGUUGAACAUCAGCUAGUUUCUCCUGUUGAUUGAAACCUUGUUGUACAGAUGGAACAUUGGCUGUGGAUUCUUUUUGCUGCUCUUUUCUUUGAGUGUAAAGGAGAAGACAAAGUGAUCCAACCAGGAGGAGAAGUCAUUGCUGCUGAAGGAGACUCUCUUACACUCAACUGUAGCUUUGAGACUGCUGCUACAUAUGCCUAUUUGUUCUGGUACAAACAAGAAGUGAACAGUUACCCAAAGUACAUGUUGAAACGUUUUUCAACAACAAAAGAAAAUUUUCCAGAGUUCAAGGAAGACAGAUUUGAUGCUGAACUCAAAGACAAAUCAGUUCCUCUGAAGAUCCAGAAGCUUCAUGUGUCUGACUCUGCUGUGUACUACUGUGCUCUGCAGCCCACAGUGACAGGAAACAGCAAAACUCUGUACAAAUAUUUGCAGAAUCAAGGAGCAGAAGAUUUCAAGGAGAGAUUUUCAUCCAGUCUGGAUUCAGAACCCAGAUCAGUUCCUCUGAAGAUCCAGAAGCUUCAUGUGUCUGACUCUGCUGUGUACUACUGUGCUCUGCAGCCCACAGUGACAGGAAACUGCAAAGCUCACAGACUACAAUUCUGCAAGAGCUGUGAGAACAACACCCCCCUUCUCAACAACCUGAACAGCUUCUUUUCACGCUUUGAAGGACUAAACAGCACACACCCACAGAAAACGCCCCCACUCCCCCACCACCAAACUCUGCACCUGACAGCUGCCAGCGUGAAGAGUACACUCUCGACCAUCAACCCAAGGAAAGCUGUGGGUCCAGAGAAUAUCCCAGACUGUGCUGAAGGACUGCGCAGAGGAGCUAAAGGAUGUCUUCACAGACAUCUUUAACAUCUCCUUGGAGCAAGCCAUCGUCCCAUCAUGCUUCAAGGCUACCACCGUCAUACCUGUGCCAAAGAAACCAUCACCAUCCUGCUUCAACGACUACCGCCCCAUAGCACUAACGUCCAUCAUCAUGAAGUGCUUUGAAUGGCUAGUCAUGUCACACAAAAAUAUCCACCCUUCCCCCCACCCUGGACCCCUUUCAGUUCGCAUACCGACCCAAACGAUCCACAGAGGACGCCAUCUGUUCUGCUCUCCACCCAGCUCUCACCCACUUAGACAAAAAGGACGCAUAUGUGAGAAUGCUGUUCAUAGACUUCAGCUCUGCAUUUAAUACAAUAAUACCACAGCAACUCAUUUGCAAACUAGACAAGCUGGGUGUUAACACCCCCAUCUGCAACUGGCUGCUGGACUUCCUCAGCCGAAGACCACGAACAGUACGUGCCGGCAACAACACCUCAAAUACAAUCAUUCUCAACACCGGGGCACCCCAAGGCUGUGUGCGUAGUCCGCUGCUCUUCACCGUGCUGACACAUGACUGCACAACAACCCACAGCACCAACCACCUUGUGAAAUUUG